CAGUCCUAGGGAAGCCUGGAAUAUGCAGGGUUUGGAGGUCACCUAGGCUGGCCAGAAACUGCUUAGGAGAAGUGGACUACUUAGGGUGUUCUCAGAGAUGGGGAGCUGCUUUGGCCUGCUGCUCUUGACCCCAGGUGUCAUGACACUGGUGAGGGUGUGGCUGCUGUUUUGGGCCUUCAAUAUAGAUCUGGCCCAGAAGAAUCUGGAAGAGGUGCCAGUACAGCCUGACUUUGAUGCACAUAAGGUGGAAGGACGUUUGUUUACCAUCCAGCUGGCCUCUAGCCUGAGGGACCUGGUCCUGCCCACUGACCCCCUGAGACUUUCUCUCCACUCCAUCUGGACCAGAGACAGUGGGGACGUGGACUUUGUGCUGUUUGAGAAAGGAGAGGGGUUGUGCACAGGGCUUAAUAUUACCAUGCAUCCAACUGGGCUCCAAGGCCAGUACCAAGGAAUCUUUGACGGCGGGAGAUUGCACGUCCAUUUCGUCAGCACUGACUACGACAACCUCAUUCUUUAUGUACGCUUUCAGAACAAUGAAGUCGUCAACCUGUGGGCACUUCUGGCGAGAAGAAUGCUUGAGGAUCCCAUGUGGCUCGGCAAAUACCUGGGAUUUGUAGAGAAAUUCUACCUUCAAAAGUCCCUUGUCUUCAACACGGCUGGGGCCUGGAGUCCAGAACCUGGAACGCCAAAACCAGAGCCUGGAACCUGGAACCCGGAACCUGGAACCCGGAACCCGGAACCCGGAGCCCGGAGCCCGGAGCCCGGAGCCCAGAGCCCUGUCAGCUUUGCUUUUCCUCACCCACUUUCUCUCUGUGGUAAUCAAUCCCAUCAAACAACACAGACACCCAAAGCUCCCAGCCUGGCCUGUGUCUGAAGGAACAUUCAGGAGGCUUGUGAGCUAUGAGCUUGAAAGGCGAGCCAAUCUACAUGUUCGGAAAAAGCUCCAUUCUUGCAUACAGAAAUGUUUCUUAAGGGCUGAGGAGUGGCCUGGGGCAGGAUGAUCGCCCAGCACACUCAAGACCUAGCUUCCAUCCAUCUUUGGUAGCAAGAAAAAAAGAGUGAUUUGAUACAUAGCGAUGUGACAUUCCUGUGUAGCCAUCAAUGUUUCAGGAAGCACAGCCCUGAUGCUGUAAUAAAUAAAGCAGAGCAUUAAAAACCA